UAUCUAAACUUAAUCCUACUUUAAAGCAGCAGCUAGUACAACUGCUCUCCAGCUUUUGAGAUAUUAAUUUUAACACAAUUAUAGUCACCACAUCCCUAAAUUUACAGUCUUUCUUGAUUUUAAAAGAACCCCAUUUGAGUUAAAGUUAUAACGAUGGUUGGUUUAGGUGAUUCUUGGUAUUUUUGUAAUGGGGGUUUGCAAGUCUGAAGAAAUCUAAAGUUGCAAUCUUUCUUGAUUUUAAAAGAACCCCAUUUGAGUUAAAUGGUAUUACAAUGGUGGGUUCAGUAGAUUUGUAAUGGGGUGGGCAGUCUGAAGAAAUCUAAAGUUGCAAUCUUUCUUGAUUCUAAAAGAACCCCAUUUGAUAUAAAACUAUAGCAAUGGUGGGUUUGGCUGAUUCUUGGUGUUGUUGUAAUGGGGGUGGCAGUCAAGAGAAACUGAAAGCUACUAGCCUACUACCAUUUUGAGCUAAAGUGCAAUUUCACCUUCAAUUCUUGAUCUAAAAUUUUUACACUCUUACUUGAUUUUAAAGAACCCCAUUUGAGUUAAAGCUUUAACAAUGGUGGGUUUGGUUGAUUCUUGGUGUUUCUGUAAUGGGGGUGGCAAGUCUGAGAAAAUGAAAGCUACCAUUUUUUCAGGCAAAGGUCCUGCUAUGGCUCAUAGAGCUGUGAGUGGCACUGGUUUCUUGAUCCACAGGAAUUUGCUGCUUACUACCCAUGUAGUUCUUCCUUCUGUUGCUGCUGCUGAAGCUGCUGAGAUCCGUCUUCAAAACGGUGUUGCUGCUCGCCUUUUUCCGCAUAGGAAGCACAUCAAAGUAGCUUUGGUGGUGGCAGGUGGUCUUGUUGAUCUUGGAUUCGUACAAAAGGAUAGAGCUGCAUGCACAAGUCACGACCAUAUGCACGAUUGAGUAUGAGGUCAAGGAAGAAGCAGCUGCUAAUGUUUCAUUUGUUAGUAUCCAAUCAUUUGUGGCCAUAGUGCCAGUUGUUUCCAUGCGAAGACUGCAAUGUUCUGCCUGAUACUUAUCUCAAUUAAGAUUGUGUAGGGUGUUUAUUUGUUGAAUUGCUUAAAAAUCACACUACUUGCAGAAGCCAGAAGCUUAUAAGUACUUUAACGUAUUGAAUUGAGCUAUAGAAAUCUCUAGAAAGGAAAAAGAGUAACUCGAAAGAUUAGGUAUCUAAGUAUUCAUAUAUGUUUUACUCCCAUGAGUCAUAAGUUUUCCAGUAUUCAUAUAAGUUUGAAAGGUAUCUAAGAAUUCAAUCAUAAGAUUAGGGCCAGAGCUGAUGGAAUGGCCGAAAGAGGGCGGUAUAUAUGGAGGACUCAAUCGUUGACCCCUAACCAGUUUGAGUUGAGGUGUAGUUGAUGAUAACCAAUCACAUAACUGGUUCAGAUUGGAAUCAUUAAUAGUUUACCUAGUGGUUAAAGCAACUUAAGCAUGAUUACUGUGCAUGGAUAUCACAAUUGACCUUCCGAAACAAAAGUAGAGAUAUGUUGCAUAUCAAUUCCUGCAUUUUCCUGAUAUGAUGUAUAUAACAAGAGAGCAGGAGAACGUCGGAUAAGAUGCAACAAGGAUUAGAUCUUGUAAGCUCCCUCCUACAAGUUUGAUCUUUUUCAGAAGAUCAGGCAAGUGUGUGGGCAUUCAAUCUGUGUAAGAACUAGGAAUUUGCAGCUAUAAAAAUCCAUCUCUAGUCUCUGAUGGUAUUUUUGGAUUUAGGUAGAAAUUAAAAUGCAUGCAAUGCGUGUUGGUUUAUAUAUGUCAUUUCCUUCUUGUGUUGGUGCUCAACAGUUCUAAUCACGUUUGAAUUUGUUUGUCAGGUUACAAAAAAGGUUGCCAAUAAAUACUUGUAGGUUACAAAGGGUGCAAUAUUGAUCCAUUAAAUGUCAUUUAGCUAACAUCUUUCUGAUGUUGAGGAAAAAUGGAAUAAAACUUCUCAUGUUUAGCAGGCCAAAUAUUAAUGCGUGAUUACUUGCAUCAGAUUAGCUUUUGGAUUAUGAAGAUGAAGGUUCGAUGCCAGCUUGUGUUGAUCAAAUUGCUCGUUCAGCAUCUGAGUAUUGGUAUAUGUUUUCUUAUGGAUGUAAGUUGUGCUUGGUACACUGCAAUCGUUAUAAAUGGCUCUUGAACAGAAAAACAGAGCUGAUGUCACUGUGGCUAGAGAGAUUGGAGUCUUUAUUUAAACGGAAGGAGGACGGAUAGGAGGCUGGGGAGGAAAGUUAGGAAGGAGAAUAAUAGUUAUUGGUUAAAGAGAACAAUAGUUAUUGGUUAACUGUUCUUACCUGGUUCACCUCAUU